AUGCCGGCCCAAAGACCGCAGGCCGCUUUCGAGCCAAUCUCUCCCACCAUAGAUAUCCCUGCAUUAGUUGAGACGACACCAAACUUUGAAUGGGUUGUUAGGAUACACUGCGAUGCCAUAUACGACCAGGGGCUGGAUAAUUUUGAGAAGCUUAUUCGCCUUCAUGUCAUAAGCGGCGGGAAGCCGUUGGUCGUUGAAGGCUAUGAUAGUAGAUUCGAAAAGUGGAUCUUUGCUGAACGGUGGCUCAGGGAUAAUCACGCAACGAAAACGGAAAAUGCCAGAAAUUUGGUAGCAAAGACGAACAUCCCUCUGUCAAUCGGGCAUUAUCUCAGCAAUAUGCCUAUGCUGACCGACCAGAUUAAUGCGCAAAAUUACACCGAACCCUCGUGUCAAAGGAUAUAUCUGAAGGAUAUUGAUUGCCCGGAUGUCUGGUUCGAGAAAUUGAAAGAAAUCAUACCAAGCUUUUUAUUGUACAUGAACGAAACAGUCGCCGACUCGGAUGCGGCGAGCAUGUAUCCCGGCUUAAAUGCUCACGAUCCGAGCCAUCAAGUUGCUCAGGACGUUGCAAAAGCUGGUGACUUAAUGAGUAGCCUCCCAUCCGCAAUGCGCGCCGAGAAUCUUAUGUGUUACAUCGGUCACGAAGGAACCUAUACUCCUUGCCAUCAAGAAAUGUGCGCAAGUCUCGGUCAUAAUAUAAUGGUGGAAGCCUCGACAGGGCUUUCUGAAUAUGGAAAACGAACGAAGCCCGGCUCCUCGAUUUGGUUCAUGACUGAAACCAAGGAUCACCACUUGGUUUCUGAAUACUGGUCGUCUGUUCUUGGUCAUGAUAUCGAUCUUGAAGAUCAUUUUGCACAGAUCAGUGCUUGGAAAGCUGCUCCUUUCAAAACGUAUGUGGUUGAGCAGAAAGUAGGCGAUUUCAUUCUCAUACCACCCCUUGCACCCCACCAAGUCUGGAAUAGAGGCACCCGAACAAUGAAAGUUGCUUGGAAUCGUACGACGGUUGAGACGUUGGAAUUGGCCCUCGAAGAAGCUCUUCCGCGUGCGAGAAAUGUUUGCCGAGAUGAACAAUACAAAAAUAAAGCAAUCGUCUUCUAUUCCUUGGAUAAAUACUCAAAGCUACUCCUGGCUGCUGAGAAAUACAACGUCCGCAGUCCCAAAUCUCGCCAGGUACAAAAGGACUUCAAGAAACUAUUCGCCAUGUUUACGAAAAUCAUGCUCUCGGAAAGUUUCUCUCAUGAGCUUCCGGAAGAAAAGUCCAUUGAGUUCUUGCCGUUUGAUAGCAACGUCACGUGCUCUUAUUGUCGGUGCAAUAUUUUCAACCGUUUUCUCACGUGCACCCAUUGUGUGGGAAAGUUCAUAAAUGGUGAAAAUGACUGUUACGAUGUUUGCAUGGAGUGUUAUGCCAUGGGUAGAAGCUGCGCGUGCAUAUCAGACCUCCAGUGGGUAGAGCAAUUCCGGUGGCCCGAACUGGUCGAGAAACAUGAAUCAUGGGGCAAACAAAUCUGCAGGCUUCAGGGUCAGAAAGAGGAUAAUUAUAUCUCUCUUACCGAGGAACGACAGCACUUGGGCUACAGGACUCUGGCUGAAGUCUGCCAGCGGGAAUUAAAACGAAGACCGUUCGUAGACAUCACAAAACAAACUUUUGAUGAAAAGGAGAUCGAUAGCCAGGAAGAUGAGGAGGAUCAGCAGAGCGCAGAUGAGCGACCCGUGAAACGAAGGAAAGUUCAUCCGAGAGACAAGUUAUCCAAGGAACAGGCGCGGUGUCACAUCUGCAAAGCACUGGAGCCGACCUGGAAACUAGCGUCCUGCCGAGAGUGUGGUUUAAAUUAUUGUUAUGGCAGCCUCUUUAGAGCAUUUGAAAUUAAGCCCCAGGUACCCAUGCAAACAUAUCGUUGGGAAUGUCCAAGAUGUCAGAAAAUUUGCAGCUGCGGUGCAUGCCGGCGGAAAUUCACUACACAACCCUACGAACCGAAAGGCUUAGCACUAGGACAUGACACCAAGAAAAUUGCUGAUCCGCGAAGUGUUGAGGCUCUAGUGAAUUUCAGCCACUCUAACAUCGGCUGGCUGAAGAAAGCCGGUGACGGUACAGCCGAUUCAACACGGCGGUUACAAAGGCACCAGGAGGAGGCAGAAAGAGCUAAAAUGCACGAUGCUCUUGCAACUCAAGAGGACGAUGGUGAUUAUGGCCAGCCCAUGCAUGGUGCAAAUGCAGUGGCUUCGGCACCAGCUUAUAGCGGUAUCCCGAUUGACCCAGCACUUGGUGGAAUGAACAACCCAGUGUCCAAUGGGUUCGAUAUCUACGAUCCUUCUAUUCACUUGCCUGAAUUGGCCGCAAGAGUGCAUCAGCUUAGUCAGUCAAACGCUGAGAACCUGCUACACAGAAGCGAAGAAGAAACUUUGCGAGAUGCUGCUGCCAUACGAUUUGAGUUUCCUCCGGAGAAUGCAACCCCUCCUUCAGCAGCUAUAGAUCUAACGCAGGAAACAAACAAUUCUGUUGCCAUAGACCGAAGUCUUCUAAUAAGCCCCGCCAAUGACCACGGUUCUAUUUCACAUGUGGAAAACGGUAGACCACAUGCUCGAAAACAGGGAGAACUUGUACGCUUGAGGCUUGGUCGAGAGCGCAUGGAAACCCUGGCGCAGUCACUAAAGGCAUUUGUAAAGGGAGCAAGCGGGGUUCGCUCAAGUCUGAACGGUGCACCUAUCGUUGUGUCCGAUCUCUCAUUCCAUAACCAAUCCCUGCCGACCCCAGAGAACACAAAGAAGAGGAGACGUCGCGGUGAGAAAGAUGAUGAUUUCAAGGGCAGUCGUGGUAAAGGAAGAAAGCAACGCACGUCGGAGACUGAUCAGAAUUUCGAGAAACCUAGACGAGUCACGAGGGGGAUCAAUUACUUCGAGGACUCAGAUCCAGAUCUCUCCGAUGGGCUGUGA